CGCCAUUUUUGCCAAGGAAAAACAUGGCAGAGGGUAUGAACAGUGCUAGUACAAACAAUUGAUAUUUUCAUAACGUUUCGGACAGGCAAAGACUUAACUAGUUAUACAAUAUGCUGAUCAACGUGUCCAAGGCGGAACAAAAAGCGGGAAUGUUACUCGCAGACCCUUCUGCCGAGUCUGCUGUGUUCCCACGAGUGUCAACAGCGUAUGAAAACCAUUCCGAAAGGUUCUUGCUGAAAGAAAAGAACUUCACCAGACAAUUUGCUCAUUUAUACGCCGAGAGGUUGAGUACACUCAGAACACAGCUUGAACAAACAGCAUUAAGAAAAUGGGGUAAGGACACACCAAUUAAACAACUUUAUCAACUCCAAGCUGAUGAGAAGGUCGCUGUCAUAGGAACGCUCUUCAAACACAUGGAACUAAGACCAAGUAUACUCAAAGAGAUCAGUGAGGAGAAUGCCAUGCUACCUCAGCCAGCUCGUAGUAGAUAUACUGAUGAUAAAGAUGAGUUGAUCCUUGAGGAUGAGUUACAAAGGAUACAGUUAAAGGGCUCUAUUGAUGUCCAGACCAUGGUCACAGGUAUAGUCAUAGCAGUGUAUGGCGUGGAACCUGAUGAAGAUCGAGGAAAGUUUCUAGUGGAAGACUAUUGUUUCCUUGACAUGGCUAGUUCUGUACCAAGGCCUGUGGUGGAACAUCCUGUGUAUGUUGCCAUGGUAUCAGGGUUGGACAUUGGUGGCAAGUCCAGCAAUUUGCUGAGUGUCCAGAUGUUAGUGGACGUACUGACUGGUCAGUUGGGGGACGAGGGAGAACAGGAGACUUGUGCCAGUAUCAGCAGACUAAUUAUAGCUGGAAAUUCUCUCAGUCAGGAAACACAAGAUAAGGAACAAGUAAAACAAGCAAAAUAUCUGACCAAGAAAACAACUGCUGGUAGUGUUGAUGCCGUUAAGAGUCUAGAUGACAUUCUGGUGCAAUUAGCGUGCUCCAUGAGCAUUGACAUUAUGCCAGGGGAAUUUGAUCCGGCUAACCACAUCCUACCACAACAACCACUACAUCGCUGUAUGUUCCCCCAGGCGGCCAUGUUUCCAUCUACACACUGCGUCACCAACCCAUAUGAUUGCACCAUAGAAGGAAUAAGAUUCCUCGGCACAUCUGGUCAGAAUGUUACGGACAUCCAUCGCUACAGCACUCUGGAUGACCACUUGCAGAUAAUGGAGAAUUGUUUGACCUGGGGUCACCUGGCCCCCACCGCUCCGGACACGUUAGGUUGUUACCCCUAUUAUUCUAAUGACCCCUUCAUCAUAACGCAAAGCCCUCAUGUUUACUUCACCGGAAAUAUGCCCAAGUUUGAUACCAAGGUUGUCAAAGCCCACCCUUUAGAUCUUGCGGUCAAGUGUAAUGUUUUAAAGCUCUGGGAAUUCCUGUCAUCCCUUUCCCCUAUGGAACCCCUCAGGUUAGCGAAACAUGAAAGAUUUUUCAGUAAUAUCAUGUAG